UACGGAUUUAUGCUCGGCCAAAAGUGUAGACGACAUCAACAAUGAACACUGUGAAAACAUGAUGCGGCAAACAGCAAGUCUUUGGGCCAAGAUAGCGACACAGAAGUCGUUGCUACGGGGCAAGAAUGUGUUGACUCUGGAACAUUUCAUGCAAAAGAAGAAGGCGCUGAGCCUAUGGCGAGAGAUCACACGCGCCAUCGCUAAAAUCCCUGGAUCGCCGACGAAGAAGGAGAUGCGAGAAUAUGCGCGCACCGAGUUUGAGCGCCACCGAGAUGUGCAAGACAUUGGUCACAUUCGCUACCUCAUCUCGACGGGACGCACCCAAUUCGACGGCAUGAAGCGAUACAUCAACGAGCAGGUGCUAUAAGCAUUUGAUGGGCACAAGCAGAGCUCAGACUCAGACGGCAGGCUCGCAUUUUCUCUCCUCACACGUUUUCAUGCUAUCAUGCCUUUCUAAGAUACCCACCCAAACCACUAUUGCAUUGUCCUAUUAUCAAUUACCAAUUCCCAAAGGAAUCUCGUCACUUCGG